ACCACCCCGGAAGUGACAAACAACUUUGUGUUGAUGCGGAAGAGACUUUGCGACUGAAGUUGUUGUGUGCAAUGAAACUGAAGUUGUAGGCGACAGGAUAAAUAAACAGUUAGCGGGUUCACAGGUUUAUUCAACGCGACAGGUUUAAGUUUGACCGACUCAUCUCAGGCUAAUGGCUGGAGGUAAUUUACAGAAAGCUAUAGAUCUCGCCACCAAAGCUGCAACAGAGGACAAAGCCAAACACUACGAAGAGGCCCUCAAAUGUUACGAGCAUGCAGUGCAGUACUUCCUCCAUGUCAUCAAGUAUGAGGUCAAGGGUGACCGGGCGGCGCAGUGCAUCAGAGCCAAGUGUGGCGAGUACCUGGGCAGAGCCGAGAUGCUGAAGGAAUAUCUGAAGAAAAAGGAGAAGGCUCCUCCGGCCAAACCCGUCAAAGAGUCUGGUGAUAAAGGGGAUGAAAGUGAUGGGGAGGACUCGGAGAAAAAGAAGUUCCAAAAUCAACUCUCAGGUGCCAUCGUCAUGGAAAAGCCAAACAUUAAGUGGGACGAUGUAGCUGGACUUGAGGGUGCUAAAGAAGCCUUGAAAGAGGCUGUGAUCCUGCCCAUUAAAUUCCCCCAUCUGUUCCAAGGAAAGCGAACUCCUUGGCGGGGGAUCCUUCUGUUCGGACCUCCAGGAACAGGGAAGUCCUAUCUGGCCAAGGCAGUGGCCACAGAAGCCAACAACUCCACCUUCUUCUCCAUCUCCUCCUCCGACCUCGUGUCCAAGUGGUUGGGCGAAAGUGAAAAGCUGGUGAAGAACCUGUUCAGUUUAGCCCGAGAAAACAAGCCAUCGAUCAUUUUCAUCGAUGAGAUCGACUCCCUCUGCGGCUCCAGGAGCGAGAACGAGAGUGAAGCAGCGCGCAGAAUCAAGACAGAGUUCCUCGUCCAGAUGCAAGGUGUUGGAAACGACAAUGAGGGAAUCCUGGUCCUCGGAGCCACAAACAUACCAUGGACACUGGACUCAGCGAUCAGGAGAAGGUUUGAAAAGCGAAUCUACAUUCCUCUGCCCGAGGAGCAUGCUCGCUCCUUCAUGUUCAAACUGCACCUGGGCUCCACCCCCAACGAACUGACAGAGGCGGACUUCAUCACUCUGGGCAAGAAGACAGAGGGCUACUCCGGGGCGGACAUUAGUAUUAUCGUUAGGGACGCCCUCAUGCAGCCUGUCAGGAAGGUUCAGUCAGCCACUCACUUCAAAAAGGUUCGCGGGUCUUUAUGGAACAAUCCCGAUGUUGUGGUGGACGACCUCCUGACUCCGUGCUUGCCCGGUGAGCCCAACGCCAUAGAGAUGACGUGGGUGGACGUUCCUGGGGAUAAACUUCUAGAGCCAGUCGUGUCCAUGCCUGACAUGCUGAGGUCACUGGCAAACACCAAGCCGACGGUGAACGAGCAGGACUUGGACAAGCUGAAGAAGUUUACAGAGGAUUUUGGUCAAGAAGGCUAAAAACACUCGCACUCUACUCGUUAAUAAGACUGCAACUAACUAUUCUUUUCACUGUCAGUUGUGCUUGUGAUAAAUUGAUUCAUCGUUUGGUCUAAAAAGAGUAAAAAAUGGUGGAAAAUGUCCAUAAAAGGUUGACUGGAGCCCAAAAUUCUUACUUUUCAAAUUUGAUUGGCGAUCAAAAAUCUAAAUUAAGUUACUGCAUCCAGGGGCAGGACUUAGCGAAGGGUCAAUAGAUAGGGCAUUAAGUGUUCCUUUAAGGUUUAAGUUGGAUAUGAAAUUGCUGUUUUUACUGGAGAACUGACUAAAACGAUUAAUCAAUGAUCAAACACCUAAUUGUCGACUUUUUUACCAAUCCACUAAUCAACUGUUUCAGCACUGUUUAUUAGUCAAUCCACUGAUGCUCUUGUUUACAUCCACUCUUUUCUUAGCUUAUAUAUUUCUUUUACUUGCUGGUUUUAUUUUGCAUCUCUCAGACCAAAGUCAUAAUCUUGAAAGAAAACUUAAUCACUCACUGUCCUUCAACAUAUACAUCAGGUAAAUGCACACUCAUCACUACAUACCUCCUGAUAUAGUCUAAGGGGGUUAUAUUGCACUCAACAGAAUCAGUUUCAGGGUUUGCUUUUGAAAAUGGGAAUUUAUACUAGAAUAUUUAAGAAUGUCAGCUCUCUUUUAAACAUGUAAAACACCUUUGGAGGGUUUCUAUUGAGUUACUGAAUUUAAAGGAAUCAAAAUUUUGCACAAUAUUCCUUUAAAAGCAUCUUUAAAUUCUGUCUUUGCAUACAUGUUCUGCUCUCAUAUAGUUUCAGACCUCAGUAGUCAGUUGCUGUAUGUUCUGAAAUAUGUCUUUAUUUAAAGAGUCUGUUUUUGGGGUUCAGAGGUUUCUUACGGUUUACAUAAAUAAAACUUGUGAAGGUGGUCAUUUGCA